GCACAUUCCAGAACCCUAGAUCUCGAUUGCAUUGUCCGUCUGGUGAUUUUGCCGCCGCCAUGCCGGUCCGGGAAGGAGGCUACCUUUUUCUCGAUAUUUUCCGGGAUUUUCGGCGUUGAAAAAGGUCACUUGAAUGCCCUGACAAUGACUUCGAUGGACGAAAUUUUUUGCCAGCCUAGUCGUUGGAUACUAUUCGGCGGGAUUUGAAGGUGUUUUCUGGAGGGACACUUGUGAUUGUGCUGGGAGCCGAUUUCAGCUUUAGUUGGAGCUACGGAUUCGAUGAAAUUGAUAGAUCGUUGGCGCGAGAUUGAUUCACAGGACGAUGGUUGUAGAAACGUUCGUGAUCGUGAUCGUUUAUCUUUUUCUCGCUCAUGGUUUGCUGAUGCACGGAUCAGAAGGGAAACUGGUGGCCGCGGACUUGUCGUUGAAAAUGACUGAUUCUAUGCUGAUAGAUUAUCCUCUGCUGCACGAAUACACGGGUAGAAUGUAUGGUUACGAAGUUGUGAACACUCUUCACCCAAAAGUAAAGCAUGCAGUCAACCAAUGUUUCAUUAGGAGAGGAUUUGACUUGGAUCUUGCUAAAGAUAAUUAUAGACUUAAUAGCAUGCACAUUGAGUGCUUAGAGUUAAUAACUAAUUGGCUUCAUGCACAUGGAAGACAUUUAACAAAUCAAUCUCCAAGGUCUGUGCCCAACUUCUACCUAGAUGUAGGCAAAUUUCCUGCUCCAGCUGCAGGUUCAACACCUUCUCUAAGUGCAUCACCUAAACUUACAGAUGAACAACAAACAUCUGCUCCUGCUAUAUCCCAAUCACCAGAUCUAGCACCUACAAGCUCUGCAUCUCUCCAUCAUUACUCAAUUGUUUUGUCAAUUUCUUCACCAAAACCACCCAAAAUUGCUCCUACGAUCCCUUCAUCUUCACAUGGGGAUCAACAAGAUAGAACAAAACUAGUUAUCAUUGCAGCAGUUCUAUCGUCGACUGGGACAUCUAUUCUCCUCCUGUGUAUAUUCUGUUGUUACCGGAAAUUUUGCAGACAGCGUCACUACUUAGUAAAUGGGAAAGAUGAAAGACCCCUCUUGCAUCUAUGUAAUGUCUCUGGAUUAUCGAAUUUGUCAUUUGGUCAAGUUGGUUUGAGUAAUCAUACAGAUAAUCUUGGUGGCUUGCCAUCUGAUGUUGGACUUAACCAAAAUGACCAUGUUCUGUGUGAAGAUUUCAAUCCCAACAGCACUUCUCUAUCUGAUAUAGUGUCAAGCACUCAAUCUUUUGGGCUUAAAAAUAGUUCUGGAUCUAAAACACUUCCUCUUCCUCCUGGUAGAUCAACCAUUCCUCUUAGUGCCCCUCACCAUCCAACUGCUGCUCUUCCUCCACCUUCAGCUCCUCCUCCUCCUCCUCCUCCUCCUCCCCCUCCCCCUCCCCCUCCCCCUCCCCCUCCCCCAGUUAUACCUCCCGCUACUAAGGCUGCACCUCCACCCUCUGCUCCACCACUACCAUUUCCAAACCAAAAAUCUGGUGCUCAGAUACCAUCACCACCAGAAAGAAAUACUGCUGUUCAACCACCUCCACCAUCACCAAAUGCUGCUUUUCCUCCUCUCCAAGUUCAAGGAAAUUCUAGAACUAAGCAGCCACCAAGUUUUGAGCUGAAUCAUUUCACAAGUCUCAAUGCGGAUAGUGACAAGAGUGGCCCUAAAACAAAGCUGAAGCCGUUCUUUUGGGAUAAAGUUCUUGCAAACUCUCAGUCCAAUGUUUGGUCUCAUAUAAGAUCAGGUUCUUUCCAGUUCGAUGAGGAGAUGAUUGAAUCAUUAUUUGGCUACAAUAACGCUGCUGGUGGAAAGGUUGAUGGAAAGAAGGAAUCAACUAGUGGUCUUCCCUCGCCUCAGUUUAUCCAGCUUCUUGAGCCAAAGAAGUCUCAGAAUCUAGCAAUAUCAUUAAAGGCUCUGAACAUAAAAAAACACGAAGUCAGUGAAGCACUCAUGGAAGGAAAUGAGCUUCCUACUUCGCUUCUUCAAGCAUUGCUGAGAAUGCAACCUACCACUGAUGAAGAGCUGAAACUUCGGUUGUAUACUGGUGAUUUGUCCCUUCUAGGUCCUGCAGAACAAUUCCUUAAGGAAUUGAUUGAUAUUCCUUUUGCCUAUAAAAGGAUGGAUGUCUUGCUAUUCAUGUCUCUUCUACAUGAGGAUGUCUCAAUCAUAAAUGAAUCUUUUGCAAUUUUAGAGGUAGCUUGUGCUGAACUCAGAAGCAAUCGGCUCUUCUUGAAGAUAUUGGAAGCUGUUCUUAAGACUGGCAACCGCAUGAAUGAUGGUACCUUCCAUGGAGGUGCUGAGGCAUUCAAGCUUGACACUCUGUUGAAGUUGGCAGAUGUUAAGGGUACAGAUAAGAAAACCACUCUGUUGCACUUCGUUGUUAAAGAGACUAUCCGUUCAGAAGGUAGACGUGCUGCACGUCUAGCAAGAGAAAGUGGAUACAUGUCCAUCCUCAAUAAUUAUAACUUUUCUAAUGAUUCCGUUGAAGACUCUAAAGCGGAUUCUGAAGAACGUCUCCAUGCAAUUGGCCUUGAAGCUGUUUCUGGUCUAAGCAGUGAGCUUAAUAAUGUCAAGAAAGCAGCAGGAUUUGAUAUUGAUGCUACAACUAAUUCAGUGGCCAGUUUUGGUCGCAAGUUAGUGGAGAUUAAGGAGUUUCUAAACAAAGAUAUGAGAAUCUUGGAAGAGGAAAGUGGAUUUCAUCAUUCCCUUGAGUGCUUCGUAGAACAUGCUGAAUCUGCCAUAACUUUCUUGUUGGAAGAACAAAGGAGGAUAAGAUCCUUGGUGCAGAGAACUACUGAUUAUUUUCAUGGAAGUGCAGCGAAAGAUGAAGGAUUGCGGUUAUUCAUCAUCGUAAGAGAUUUCCUUGUCAUGUUGGACAAGAUAUGUACAGAAGUAAAGAAAUCGUCAAAGAAAGUCUCAAGGCCAGUAAAAAAAAAUAGAGACAUUUCAACAGAACCUCCUAGUCCUGGUCCUCGACAACUAUUAUUUCCUGCAAUAAGAGAUCGGCAGGUUGAUAGUUCCAGUUCAGAUGAAGAGGAUCUCUGAAUGUGGCUAAGCAAAGGUAACAACUUUGCUAAUUUUUAUGAAAGUAAGAGCAUUGUAUUUGUAUAUACCCUGUUUGUACUCCAUCCUCUGACUAGAAACUAUUGUUUUGAAAAGCUGUUGUUUUGUUUUGCAUCAGGCAAUGUAUGUUUGGAGUCAUUUUGAAUUGUAUAAACGACAUGAAAGGUUUUACUCAAUUAUAGAAUGACGGUAAGCUAAGCAGCAAAUACCUUUUCUCAGUUUA